GGGGCGGCGGUUAAAUUUGAACGAAGGGCGAAGCGUUGUGCUCGGUCCUGAGUGGCAUCAGUCCCGUCGUCAGCGGAGCGCUCCAGUUCCUGUGAUAUCGUGGCAAGAGGCGGCCCCCGCCACCCCGACAAGCAAGGCUGCAGGAAGACACCCGGGAUUCCCCGCCUUGUGCUGCAGGGGCCGGGGCGAUGGCCCAAGGAGGGGACGAGUGGGAGCUGAGUAAGGAGAACGUGCAGCCACUGAGGCAGGGGCGGAUUAUGUCCACCCUGCAGGGAGCCCUGGCCCAGCAGGAGACGACCAGCUACAGCACCAUCCAGCAGCAGAAACAGGCCUUUGAGUCGGAAAUCCGCUUCUACACCGGGGACGACCCGCUGGACGUUUGGGACAGGUACAUCCGGUGGAUCGAGCAGACCUUCCCUCAGGGAGGGAAGGAGAGCAAACUGUCCGCGCUGCUUGAGAGAGCCGUGAAAGUGCUCCAGGAGGAACGGCGCUACUACAACGACCCUCGCUUCCUCAGCCUCUGGCUCAAGCUGGGUCACACGUGCAACGAACCCCUGGACAUGUACAGCUACUUACACAGCCAAGGGAUCGGCAUCGGCCUGGCCCAGCUCUACAUCGCCUGGGCGGAAGCAUACGAGGUCAGGGAGGACUAUCGGAAGGCGGAGCAGGUGUUCCAGAAAGGACUUCAGUGCAAGGCGGAGCCCCAGGACAGGCUGCAAUCCCAGCAUCGACAGUUCCAGGCCCGCGUGUCUCGGCAAACGCUGUGGGCCCUCGAGAGAGGCGGCGAAGAGGAAGAGGAGGAGGUGGAGGAGGUGGAAGAUUGGGCCUUGGGCCCUCACCGAACCUCCCUGGCUGAGCUGAAGAGCAGAGGGAAAAAGACAGCCAGAGCCCCCAUCAACCGAGUGGGAGGGGCUCUGAGAGGCCAGAGCCGAGGGCUCCCGAACACAGCUCCUCCACAGAGACCCAAUGGUUCCCAGUUCAUGGUGUUUGAUGAGAAUGGCGGGGGACCCUCUUGGACAGAACCCCCCGGGCUCAGCACCCAGCCUUGGGCCGCCCCCCCGGUGCCCAGGGACAAGGAGAAUGAGCUGAAGCCCGGCCCGUGGAACAAUGCCCGGCUCCCUGAGCCUCCUCGCUGGAGCGCAGCUUCUGUGGCGGCCGCGGCCCCCGCGCUGCCCGGCUUCACCCCAUACGUGGAGGAGUCCGCCCAGCAGCAAGUCAUGACCCCGUGUAAAAUCGAACCCAGCAUAAACCAUGUGCUAAGCACCUGGAAGCCCGGGAAGGAGGCGGGGGACGCCCUGCAGCGAGUCCAGAGCCACCAGAAGGAGGCACAUGAGAAGAAGGAGGUGGUAAUGUACUGCAAGGAGAAGGUCUAUGCCAGCGUGGAAGAGUUCUCCUUGGAGGAGAUCCGGGCUGAGAUCUGGUGGAAGAAAUUGAACAAGAAGAGGGACGAGGAGCUGCUGGCCCGUGAGCACAAGAGGGCAGAGAUGCAGAAGCAGAUCGAGCAGAUGGAGCAGUUGCUAAAGGAGAUCAAAGCUACCCAGGAGCAGAGGCCAGGAGAUGAGCUGGCAGUGCGAGAGCUGAUCCAGAAGGCCUCCAGCUUGGGCCCUGCUCCUGAGCCUCAGGAAACCCCCGAGGAUACUGUGCCCGCUUCCACCCAGUACCCCGAGGGAGCCCCUGCCGAGCAGUUGUUUGGACCUCAGAGGGCAUCUCUUCAAACAGACAACGGUAGACAGAAUUGGCCAUGCCCUCUGGGUGCAGAUCCGCUGGACUCCGGAGGCUCUGGUGUUCCCUUCUCCAUCUUUGAUGAGUCUGAGGCAGGCAACAAUCCCUGUGCCAGCCUCCCAGCCAAUCCCCAGCAGCUGCCCACCAGACGGCGGCCCCUCGCCGUUCGGCGACACUCUGAAGGCAUCGCCUCAAAGGAUGAUGGAACACCAGAAGCCACGGGCGAGCUGGUGGGCGUCGAGCCCCUGAGCGAAGAGGCCAUCAUCACCGGCUCCUACAGGAACGUCACCAUCUGCCCCGACCCGGAAGACACCUGCGAUUUCCUCCAGGCCGCCCACCUGGCGUCAACUCCCUUUCAUGGCGUGGUGGCGCUCAAUGGCCCUCUCGCUGGUGAUGCCAAGAGGGUCCCCCAGGAAGCUGUGGGCUCACACGCCGUCAGGGAGGCCACUUAUCCCGAAGAACUCACCAAUAAGAAGCUGAGCCCGAUCAUGGAGGAGAGCAGUCAGGAAAUGACCCGCUCCUCGGGGGCCUUGGGCUCCUCCUCCUCCUCGGUCAGCGGACUCUCCACCAUCAAGGACCUGCAGAUCCCCGAGAAACUGGAGCUCGCCAACGAAACCGAGGGGGCCGUCAGCAGCAGCGUACUUCAGGCCGAAACCUCCCCUCCAUCUCCCUGGUGCCCAGAACAGCACAGGCGGCUGCUGGUAUCACUGCCGGAGUUGUCUUCCUUCCCGGGCUUUUGUUCUGAGCCCGGGCCCAUGCCUGAAGUGGAAGUAGAUAAAGUGGUGAAACUAGGCAAGGAGAGCUACUGCAUCAAGAAAGCUGUCCUGACGGGGGAUGCCUGUAAGACCUUUUGGGGUGUCCAAAUUGACUCUUCGUGUGUGGCCUUGAAAGCGGUGGCGAUCAAGGUGUAUUCCCAGCCGGCCCCGUGGGACUUCUACAUCACGGUCCGGUUGAAGGAGCGGCUGGAGGCCGAGUUCGGCUGGGGUUUCAGCGAGCGGUGCAGCUGUCUCCACUUCCAGGACGGCUGCAUUGUCCUGCACCAGGACCUAAACCCCUUCACCCUGUCGGAUCUCCUCCCUCACACUGAGUCGAAUGCCCACGAGCUGGCCCUGCUGGUCGCCCACACUCUCCUGGGCCUGGUGGAGAAGCUGCAGAGAGCCGACAUCGUCCACGGAGACCUGAGCCCCCAGACCCUCAUCCUGGGUGACAGGAUCUGUGCCGGGUUCCACUGUGCCGAGGACAGCAGCGUGCUGCGGAUCGUGGACUUCUCCCACGCCGUGGACCUGAGGGCCCGGCCCGGCAUCCGCUCGCUCGGCGGCUUCCCGACAGUGCAGGCCCUGGAGGGGCAGAAGAUCCUGGCCCACUGCACCUCGCCCUAUCAGGUAGACCUGCUUGGUAUUGCCGACGUAGCCCACUUACUGCUGUUCCGAGAGCACCUGCAGGUCCGCCAGGCUGGUUCCCACUGGACGCUCAGCCAGAAUCUCUCCGGGCUCAAAGGCGGAGGGCUGUGGAAGGCGUUUUUUGAGCGGAUUCUGAAUGCCGAUGGGGAGGCCUCGGUGUCGGUCGUGAGCGAGCUGAGACAGGGGCUGAAUGAGAAGCUGGAUUCCUGCUGGAGUUCCCUUCAGGCUGCCUUCUGGGAGCUGGAAGGACUCCUGAGCUGAAACCCGUGGUCACGGUAGAGACUUUGCCCACCGAGAGCGGCAGGCCCCAGUCUGCCUCCUUCCCGGGGCCGGCACUUCUGCCAAGGGAAGCCAGGCCUGUCGUCUGGCAGAUCUCAAGGCUCUCCGGCUGCCCCCCGUCGAGGGCCUGCCUCUGAUCCGAGGUCAGCGGCCUCGGCGUUAAGCCCACGCACCUUCCGUAGCCUGUCGUUUUUGUCCCCGAGUGGGCCCUGUGUGGCCUCUUGAACCCUCUUGUGGCCUUUCCCUCCCUUGGCUGUAGAAUCGGUUGAGGAGCCUAUCCCUUUCUGUUCAGUGACCGCUGCUCUGUGUUCCCAAUAAAGAUGCAUUUGGUCAGUUUGAA